CAGCAAUAUGUUUCGAACCAUCCGGUCACUAGUUCUGUUGUCAUGCCUCACGCUGGCAACAUCUAAUUCAACUCAAAAGCGACAGGGAGUGAGACAGUUCCCUAACGGCUUCCUUUUCGGAACUUCAACCGCUUCCUAUCAAGUUGAAGGCGCUUGGAAUGAAGAUGGUCGAUCGCCAAGCAUUUGGGAUACCGUAAGUCAUGCGCGGCCAUGUUUAAUUAGUGAAUGCCAUAAUGGAGAUGUCGCUGCUGAUUCUUACCAUUUGUACAAUCGAGAUGUUGAAAUGAUGAGGGAACUUGGCCUAGAUUUCUACAGACUCUCAAUAUCGUGGUCUAGAUUAUUACCAACGAGUUUCUCUGACAAUAUCAAUGAAAAAGCUGUGGAAUUCUAUAGGAAUUUGAUUGGUGAAAUGCUUAAAUAUAACAUCGAGCCCAUGGUCACAUUGUACCAUUGGGACUUGCCGCAAAAACUACAGGAGAUGGGAGGAUGGACCAAUCCUCAUAUUGUCGACUGGUUUGUGGACUACGCAAGGGUUGUCUUCGAACAAUUCGGUGAUCAAGUAAAUUUCUGGAUAACUUUUAAUGAACCUCGCGAAAUUUGUCAUCAAGGUUAUGGAUCCGGUAAUAUGGCGCCGUUGCUUACAAUACCAGGCGUAGCAGAAUACUUGUGCGUGAAGUACUUACUACUAGCUCACGCUAAAACCUAUCAUAUGUACGAUAAGGAGUUCAGGUCAUCGAAGGAAAAAACCAUUGGUAUCUCCAUAAGUGCUAGUUGGAUAGAACCUGAAUCACAGGAACAUGCUGAAGCUGCGGAGGAGUCAAUAGCUUUUGAGUGGGGCGUAUACGCCCACCCUAUAUUUUCGGAAACAGGAGACUAUCCACCCGUGAUGAAGGAAAGAAUAGCGGCUAAGAGUGCCGCCCAAGGUUUUACAAAAUCCAGAUUACCCGAACUAACUCCAGAGGAAGUAGACCUCAUUAAAGGCACAUCAGACUUCUUCGGAUUGAAUCAUUACACCACCAGCAUUUUGUACAGGAAUGCAUCUGUCUAUACUUUUUAUGAAGUUCCCUCAAUGUAUGAUGAUCAAGAGAUUGCAUCUUAUCAGCCCGCUGAAUGGAAAGCUAGUGCGGCGGACUGGUUAAAGGCUGUGCCAUGGGGCUUCUACAAACUUUUGACAUACAUCAAGGAUAAAUAUAAUAAUCCUCCUCUGUACGUUACCGAAAAUGGUUAUGCUACGACUACGGGUCUGGAAGAUAAUGACCGGGUCGAGUACUACGUAACCUAUCUUGAUGCACUAUUGGAUGCUGUUGAAGAGGGAUGUGAUAUUAGAGGUUACACUGCGUGGUCUCUGAUGGACAACUUUGAAUGGAGGGCGGGAUACACACAGAGAUUCGGCCUGUACGAAGUAGACUUCGAGAGCCCGGAACGCACACGCACUCCACGUAAGUCUGCCUUUGUUAUGAAAGAGAUCGCGCGCACGCACAAGCUGGAUCCCUACUACGAGCCGGAUACCACAGUCAUGACUAUCGACAGACGUUGUGUACUGGUGUCAUGCCUCGCGCUGACGACGUCUAAUUCAUUUGGAAAACGACAGCAAGUGAGAUAUUUCCCUAAUGGAUUCCUGUUCGGAACCUCAACUGCUUCUUAUCAAGUCGAAGGCGCUUGGGACGAAGAUGGUCGAACGCCAAGUAUUUGGGAUACUAUAAGCCAUGCGCGACCAUGCUUAAUUAGUGAAUGCCAUAAUGGAGAUGUCGCUGCUGAUACUUACCAUUUAUACAAAAGAGACGUCGAAAUGAUGAGAGAACUUAACCUUGAUUUCUACAGGCUCUCAAUAUCGUGGUCUAGAUUACUACCAACAAGUUUCUCCGACAAUAUAAAUGAAAAAGCUGUGGAAUUCUAUAGUAAUUGGUUGGACGAAAUUCGUAAAUAUAACAUGGAACCCAUGGUCACAUUGUAUCACUGGGAUUUGCCGCAGAAACUGCAAGACAUGGGAGGGUGGACCAAUCCCCACAUAGUCGACUGGUUUGUGGACUAUGCGCGAAUUGUCUUCGAACAAUUCGGUGACCAAGUAAACAUCUGGAUUACUUUCAAUGAGCCUCGUGAAAUUUGCCAUCAAGGUUACGGCUCUGGUGCAAUGGCCCCGUUGCUUAAAAUACCAGGCGUAGCAGAAUAUAUGUGCGCGAAAAAUUUAUUAUUAGCUCACGCCAAAACCUAUCACAUGUACAAUAAGGAGUUCAGAUCUUCGAAAAGAGGAACGAUUGGUAUUUCCUUAAGCGCUAGUUGGAAUGAACCUGAAUCUCAAGAACACGCCGAAGCCGCCGAAGACUCAGCAGCUUUUGAGUGGGGCAUUUACGCCCACCCUAUUUUCUCGGAUACAGGAGAUUAUCCACAAGUAUUAAAGGAAAAAGUAGCGGCUAAAAGCGCCGCCCAAGGUUAUUCAAGAUCCAGAUUACACGAACUAUCUCCAGAAGAAAUAGAACUCAUUAGAGGCACAUCAGACUUUUUUGGACUGAAUCAUUAUAGUACCAACAUUAUAUAUAGAAAUGAAUCUGUUUAUACCAUGCAUGAAAUUCCCUCCAUAUAUGAUGAUCAAGAAACUGCAGCUUACAAACUUGCUGAAUGGAAAUCUAGUGCGGCAGACUGGUUAAAGGAAGUGCCAUGGGGCUUCUACAAACUCUUGACAUACAUCAGAGAGAAAUACAACAACCCUCCUGUCUAUGUCACUGAAAAUGGCUUUGCUACGACUGGGGGUCUGGAAGAUAACGACCGGGUCGAGUACUACUUAAAUUAUCUUGAUGCACUGUUGGACGCUGUUGAAGAGGGAUCUGAUAUUAGAGGAUACACUGCAUGGUCUCUGAUGGAUAACUUUGAAUGGAGAGCGGGAUACACACAAAAAUUCGGUUUGUAUGAAGUAGACUUCGAGAGCCCGGAACGCACACGCACUCCGCGUAAAUCAGCCUUUGUUAUGAAAGAAAUCGCGCGCACGCACAAAUUGGAUCCCUACUACGAGCCGGAUACCACGGUCAUGACUAUUGACGAAGGACAUUGAAGACUAUGAUAUAAUGUAAACAUUGCAUGCAUUCUCUCAAACGGACAUAAUUAGGUAUAUUAUUUUUACAAAUACUCGUAUUAUAAAAACGUAAAUAGUACAAAAUUAAUAUACUACUUCGUAAAGUUCCUGAUGAUCAGUCAACAAUGGUUACACAAUUCAGUUUUAAUAAAUCUAUGUUUAUUAUGGUUGUAAUAAGUAAAUAAGAUUAAAAAGAGAUUUUAUUUGUUUAUGAAUUGGUUGCAAAAUUAAAUUAAAACAAAUACAAAUCUUAUCCAUCUUUUUAGUGCAUAUCCAAAUCUAUAUCGCUUACGAUUGAACGGUUCAAAGUUCAAAGGGUCAA